AUGAUGAAGGGAUGGCGAGAAACACAGAGAAAUGACAGGGAUUUGGGGAAAGACAAAAGGAAAGAUGCUGAGAAGAAAAAUUAUUACCUAUUCAACCAGAUACAUGGAAAAAAUUUUGCGGAAAGGAAUGAAAAUUUAGUUGCGAAACAAAGGGAAUGUUUCGAUAAAACACACGCAAGAAAGGAGAUAUAUUUCUCCUUAGAAGAAUAUAUAUUGAUCGAAGAGAUUUUUUGGUUAAACCUUCACAUUAUUUCUGCACUAGAUUUUAUCUUGUUUUCUUUUGAUGGAUUAUUUGCAGCACGAGUUCUUGAGUUUUUAGUGAAAUUCUCUCGGUCAUUUACAGGUGGUGUACGCUGUCUAUCAAUCCUAAACAUUGUGUUUGCAAUCAUUUUUGGUCUUCUUGCCCUAUUUCUUGGUUCGACUCUCCUCACACUAGGUAGCCGCUGCUCGUUGCCUUUGUUUUGGUGCUAUGAAAUUUCAUUAUGGGGGCUGGUCUUUUUGUACGCGGGAACUGCCUUCUGCCUAAGAAGAAAAGCAGCUGUAAUAUAUGACGAGAGUGACUUUGCUGGUAGGAAUCUCGGGCUGGAAAUGCUCGAAACAUACCCAAUGGAAGUCACACCAAAUUUGGAGAUGCGUGUGAAUGAAGGUUUUAAGUCAUGGAUGGGUCCGUCUUUCCUAUCCUCGGAUGAGGAGGAUGAUCCUGACGACUAUCAAGAAGUGCCAACUGUAACACGUACAAACUCCAGCCGGCAAAGAGUGUUGUGAAAUCAAUCUUUUCUGUAGUUUUUGCUCAGUUUAUUGCAUGAGCAUGUAGUUAAAUCCCGACGCACAGAAUGUUGUGAAAUCAAUCUUUUGUGUAGAUUUUUCACAGUUUAUGUCACGAGCCUGAAAUUAAAUCCUGAUUUUGUAGAAGAGAGUGGGUCGUAUGGUGGUUAACUGAUAUAUUUGCACAAAGGACACGCCAAACCGAUGCUAAUGAAAAGUUGCUUGAAUUUGUUUUUACUUU